AUGCACCCGUGCUACUGGAGGGGUGGUGGGUAUACGAACGCACCAUGGUGCAACGUAACAGAGCGACCCUCUCUGCAGGGCGUACCCAUCCACCACACGAGGUUUUCAUCCUUCGUGCAUGCUACCAGAUCUGCAAGGUGGAAAACCAUCCAAGCAGUCAUCCAAAACAGUAGUGUUCAGAAAGUUGACGUCAAGGCUCGGUGUACCGUUGGACAGAUAUUCAAUAUCCCUCAUCGUCCACGUCUAUAUUGGGGCUCAGCGUCCUGGUCACAUCCACCCUUGUCAAGGCGUAACAACGAACAGCUUCUAACCGACUUGGUCUCCAGCACAAGAUCACCCAUUCUGUGCGUUGGGGCCCGACGAGGUCCAUCCAAGGAUCCUGGAGGAAACGUCCUCCACACCGGCAAACCAUUUACACAAGAAUCUGAUAUCUACAGCUUAACACGGAUUUCUCCCAAACCGCUCUUGCGUGGCAAACAUGCUCAUACGCUGCCAAGCAGUGUUCGUUGGACUGGCACUGGAGUAGAAUGCCAUGUUAUGCAUUAUGACAGAGGACCAGUAAAUAUCGUGAGGAUAGAUGCCGGAGAGAAAUCGGGUAUCCGGGCCCGGGUAUCGUCCCGAAAGUCCUUCGCCAUUUUACGGAUGAUCCGACGCACCUUCUCCCGUAUUACUCGCAUGGACUUCCAAAUACUCUAUGGGGCCUACGUCAGACCGCUCCUGGAGUACGCCAACCAAGUUGUCUACUCAGGACGCACGAAAGACGUCACCCCCAUUGAGCGUGUUUAG